UUAUAAUCCUGUCACAACAGAACAUCAAGGGGGGAAGGGGAACUUGUUGAAGCUUUGCAGGGUUUUGGAGGCAAAUUUGUGAGGUUUUAUAGAUAAAAAAAUCUGGGUGUAGUAUUGGAAUUUGAAUAAAAGGAAACAAUGGAACACGGGUCUUUCACCGAUAAUAGUGCUGCAACUUUUUCUUUGACUGAUGAAGAUCAUACUCUAGCCAAUUCUGUUAGGUUCACCUUGAAUCAAGACCCAAGGGUAACAUUUUCUGGGUACAGUAUUCCUCAUCCUUCACAAGCUCGAAUUAAUAUUAGAGUUCAGACAACUGGUGAAGCAGCGAGUGAGGUGUUGAAAGAUGCAUGUCAAGAUCUAAUGCUGAUGUGCAGGCAUGUGAGGAGCACUUUUGACAAGGCUGUUGAAGAUUUUAAAGCAAGCAAUGCUGUGAAGGCCAUGAAAAUCGAUUCAAAGGAUAGUAGUGAUUCAGAAGAGAGUGAAUGAAAUUAGUAUAUUUCUCAUCUUAAAACUAUCAUGUGCU